AUGUCUGGAAGUAGCGGGUGUUCAGCUGUCCGGAGAAUUGACGCCGGAAACUGUGGAAGCCACUCGCAGGCCACGCUGCUCUCAAAGGGACACUCGCAAGACGAUAGGCAGAUUGAAAAGAUUUGGUAUCAAGUUUAUACGUGGACGAAAAAAAGCAUUCCGAAUACGCAUCACGAGGUGUCGAGAGAAGCACUUGCCAGCACGUCUCACUGGGACAAGAAGCACUUCACCGGUUUACAUGAGCUCUCACUUAAGUGGUUUGUCUCUGAAUAUACGAACGACAUUCCAAAAGCUACAAUCCGAUCCACGAUCCACAAAGCUUUCCAGCUCUGGGCGAAACAAGCUAAUCAACGAAAUUUACCAAAGUUCGACGGCGCAUCCCCGAGAAAGAACAUCUUGGCGCACACAUUCUUUCCCGGACAUUCAGAGCCACUCAACGGCGACAUUCAUUUCGACGACGCAGAGACGUGGGAGACCGACCUCAGCGCUGCUACCAACUAUGAUCGACGGUUUUUUCCUUACGUGCUUGCACACGAGAUUGGCCAUGCACUGGGACUUCAGCACGCAAAGAAGCAGGAGGCAAUCAUGUAUCCUUACUACAAGAACGUCCCACUGGAUGAGAUUAAGCUUGACCUCGACGAUAAAUGCGCUAUCAAUUGGAACUAUGGUACGCGAACUGUUCCUCAAAACAAAAAAAAGAAGCCACCGAAUGCGGAUUCUUUCGUGAUAUAA